GCAAGCUCUGCAGGCAGAUUGGCCAUCGUGAGGAAGCUCAUCUCACUUGGUGCAGAUGUGAAUGCUCAAGCAGAAUCAGGAGGUUCUCCUUUAAUUUAUGCCGCGUCCAAAGAUCGUACUGAGAUUAUUGACGUGCUGCUGUCAAAUGGAGCGGAUCCGAAUCUUCAGGACAAGAAAGGGUCAUCAGCUUUACAUCGCGCUGCUGCCCAGGGGCAUAAUGAUUCCUUGAAAAUGUUGGUUGGGCUGAGUAAAACUUUGAGAGUCGACGUGCAGGAUCGUUGGGGAAAUACUCCAUUACAUUUGGCGUGUGAAGAAGGUCGAGAUGCUGCUGCACUUCUGCUUGUUGAACACGGUGCGAAGCUUAGAAUAGAGAACAAGGAUGAGAAGACUCCCUUGGAUUUUGCGUCUCCGAUACUUCGUCGAAGACUAGAAGAGUACGAAAAAUGACGUGGAAAUGCAUCCGAACAGAUAUAAUGAUGUGCUGUUUGUUUCAAUGAUUGUUCCCCUUUUUUGCGUUGAAAAAUAUAUGGUAUCGUAACA